UAUUUUUCAUAUGAAAUAUGUUGCAUUACAUCUGUUUUACGCAAUCGGAAAAUCCCAAUUUCAUUGGAAAACCGCGCAAAAUAUUUUGUUUAUCAAACAGAAAGUGAAACUAAAAUCAAAAGUGCUGCGCUUCCUUUCAGUAACAUUUCACCUUAAAGAUUGUAGUGCUUUAAAAAAAUGGCUAGCUACGCUGUACCAGGGAGACGACCGGAAACAAACACCAUUGAAGAGGAUGCAAGGUUGGCUGAUGUGUUGGUGUCUUCGGCGAAGGCUGGUCAGUGGGAGAAUGUUUGGAAUAUCCUCGGGAACCCAGAAAACCCACGAAGGGAUAGGCUAUUCAACGUAAUUCCUGAAAAUCGGCGCUGGGGGAUUCUACAUCAAGCAGUUUAUUGGAAUAAUACACACGUGCUGCAGAAGCUUUUGAGAUAUCCUGUAUGCGAUAAAGAUAUACGUGCUAAACAGUGUAUGUCUGAGUGCGGAAAAACGGAUCGGAUGAAUGCUGAAGAAGUAGCCGCAGCUUACGGUCAUACUGCCAUGACCAAUGUUCUUUCGAGGCACAGAAACUCGAUCGAGGAUCAGAGUGCACCAACGUUUCAAUCUGUGGACAAUUAUACACAGGGUGAAGGUCUUGGUUUGUUGACCGUCACUCUUGCUGCAUACAAGAGCGCUUUUCAUCCAAAUCCAAUAAAUCCAAACAAGUCUGUCAUUACUAUUCUUGGAGAUAUUUUCAGUGACAUCAGUCAGUCUGAACGGAGAUGGAAAGAAGUCAGAGAUAAGGUGUGCGACUCCGUUUAUGUUGUAUGCGAAGAAAACUACAACAAGAUCAAGAAAAGUCGGAAUCGUCAAGAAUUCUUUCAGGCGAUUAUCAAUACGUACACAAUGGAGGAAAACUAUAUGUACACAUAUUUGAAUAUGGCCUUCCGUAGACAGAGGGAGACGGCGUAUAAACCAACUGGUAAUGAUCUCUCGCUUGGUCCAUAUGCAGUCAUGUACCAGAUGUUGUUGUUGUUCUGGCCAGAGUUACAAAGAGAAAGUCGAACAACCUACAGGAAAAUGUUACUGACGAAAGCGGACGCCGACCAAUAUCUCGUUGGCAAACGGUUUGUUUGGCAAUCUAUCGUUUCCUCUACCACAGCUCUGCAGCACGCUAUUCCAUUCCCGACGUGCGGACCAGAAGGUGAACAGUCUGUCAUUUUCACCAUCGAUAAUAAAGCAAACAGUCAAUGGAAGCCAAGAAAUAUAGAGAAAUACGCCAUGUAUAUGGAGCGAGAGAGGACUUACCCGGCUGGUGCCAAGUUUCAAGUUUUAGGGAGGACUACGAAAGGCUCGGACCUACACAUCUCUCUAAAACUCCUCCAGAACUGAUAUUAUAAUUUGAAAUCUGUCAAAGUUUAUUCUCAAGACUUAAGUACCUCUCGCAAACUUUAUUUUUAUGCUCUAAUAUGUAAUAAUUUCUUUAUUAAGCAACGUUAGUGCAAAUUUAUACAAGUAUGCCUUAUAUGCAUAAACCUGUCUAGUUCAUCUUAUAUAUAUGAAAUCUCAUAAUAUAGUAUUUAUGUAUCAUACUAUAAUAUUAGGUUAUUUAACAUUGUUCUGUAUAAUACGGAGAUAUAUUUGGACGAGUACCCAGCUGAGAAAAACCAUACUGGACGAGCCGCUAGGCGAGUUCAAUAUGGUUUUCUCAGCUGGGUACGAGUCCAAAUAUAUCUCGUAUUGUACAGUACAAUGUUAAAUAACCUUUUUAUUCUAUAUCUAUUUUAUUUUACUAUAAUAAUAGUUUAAAUUAAAAAUGUUUCACUGAA